UUGUAUUCUAUUAGUCCAGGGGUCUAGUGAAUAUCUUAGUAUCUUUUUUAAAGUAUAAUUUCCCUGCUGAUGAUUCAACAGUGUGAUACUUACAUUAUAAUAUAAAUAUUUCAAAUUCUUAUUGAGUUUCUUAUCUGUGUAAUAGGAUCUGUUUCUAAUAGUGUUAAUGCAAUCUUAUAUAUCACUUUGAAUAGACAGUUUUUAUCGCAGGUCUGGAUAAAUUCAAGUACUAAAUAAUCUACUCUGCUUAAUGUAUACAGUGACAGUAUGUUCACAAGUCAAUUAUCUCGCGCGUUUUAUUGAUUUGUAACCAAAACGUAAUUUGUGUAGUGCUAAAAACUAUUUUAAUAUAAAGUUUAGGCCUUUUAUUUUAUAAUUUUUAAAAUGGGAGAAAUAUUCCCAGGACAUUUCUAUACCAGGAAUAAUAUGAACUUUUCUGAUAAAGUUCCUCCUGUUCAUGGAGAUGGAACACGAUUCUAUCCAAAUUAUCAACAAAUGUUCAGUCAAGAAUUGGCACAUUUCUCCUGCGUGAACGUGGCUGGUUUUAUUGAGUCUGAAGAAGACAAUCGACGUGAACAUGUCAUUGGAGACAAAGUCUGUCUUGACCAGAGAGCUCCACACUGGGACUCGACUGAAUGGAGAGAGGAUAGACCCGACAGACAUACGAAUUCAGUGUUCCACAGUACAGGUACUUCUGGCCAAGUGGACCUGUUUCGUGGAAGUUCGCCAAGAGUUCUUCCAUUAGAUGGACAUCAGAUGGACAAUCCAGGGAUGAGAGAGAUUACCAACCAUCGUGGUAACAGACAACAUAGUGGUACCUACGUGAUUAGAGCCCGGCUAAGUGAAAAAGAUCAAAUCAAAAGACUUGUAUUACCUGGGAACGUAGUCCAAGUCUGUGGGCCUCCUAUGGUUGGGAAAUCGGUUCUUGUGGAUCAGGUUGUCGAAGAGAUACGAGAGUCCAACCAAAACCUUGAGAUCUUUAGCAUCAACUGCAAACAUCUCAACAGUCUGCAGCAAGUGUUGAUCAAAGUACACAAAACUCUAUUCGAGGCCACUACAACACUCAAUCCCGUGGACCUCGAGGACACGGCCCGCUUUGUGAAGAAAAUAAAAUCAGUUUUACAGGUCAAAUGUUGCAGCCAUCACGUGUUCGUGUUUCACAAAACGGAAACGCUCCGCCACGCUGGAGAGGACCACGCCUUUUUAGAUUUCCUGUCUGGUCUCGUCAGGUCAGACUGCCAAGUUCACGUGACCGGAACUACUGCAGUAUUCACCACCUUUCAGCAGUUUCCAGUCAUCGGUGAACAUGUUACAGGAGUUCAAGUUGGAAUGUUGACUGAUCCCCUGGACAUUUUGACAUUCUUACAGCACUACGCCCCUGGAUCAUGCGUACGAGAUUACGUCGACAUCUGUCAAAGAUUCCUGUGUCUACCUGAAGCUGUGAGAAGGCUGGCGGAGGAAUAUCUCAGUAUCAGCUCCCAGCGCCCGCCACCUGGCAAUUUACUAAGCAUCGUCUGCAGAGAUAAAGAUCUUUUGUAUCACAUAUUUCACAAAAGAGCAACAGAAGUGAAAAGUUGGAUUGGAAACAAAAGAGAUUUUGAUUUCCUCACCACCCUUGUUCAGUCGUCUCUCAACGUAUUAACAGAAGAGAGUAUCAGAGAAAUUUAUCAGCGAAGAAAUCUACAUCAAAACUAUGAAGACUGGUCAGUUUGCUAUCGGCAAUUGCUGAAGAAAUAUAUUCUACUAAGAUCACGUGGUACUCACUCUCUGUCUAUCCAUCCCCUGGUACUGUAUUAUUGCAACAUGCAUGGUCUGAGACCCCACAGCUCAUCUGUAAAUGACCACUCAACUAAAAGCCACACGCAGCUUUUGUGCAGAGUUCUGAUGAAGACAGACAAAGCCAUGCUUUCGAUUAGCCCCAGAGGCCACGUGUUCGGCUGCAAGGUCAAGGACUGGCCAUAUACCAAACAACUAAUGCAAACAGCCAUCCAGGACGCUACUGGAGGUUAUAAAGCUUUCUUGAAGGUUGCUGUGUCUGCAAGGGAAGUAAUUAUAUCUAGCUGCCCCAAUGAAGCGAAAGCGUUCUAUACAGUUUUAUUGCACAGUGCUCGGUGUUACGGGACUUCCAGUCAGGUGGCUGUCGUGGAGGCUUGCCUAGCACUGACCAUUACCAUCUCUAAAGAUGCCGACUGUAAGUCAUCAGAUCAACAUUUUGAAUCUGCUUUAAAAGUUUUAAAAGCCAACGGGCCAACGUUCUUCUACAGAUGGGCCCAGAGAAAACGUGGCAUCACUUUACAUAGACAAGGUUACCAUAUGAAAUCUCUGGAAGCUUUUAAAGAAUCUAAAAUGAUCCCGGCACAUUUGGCAAUGUUGCCUUCCACUGAUGACAUUCUAUCAGUUCCAGACUCACAGGCUGACGAGGAUUUAGUUUCUGCACAGAUCCAUGAAAGUAUUCCGCUCAUUUUUACUGGAGAAAAUAUCAAGGCGAGAAACAUGCUGUUACAAUUAAAGUCGUCUGUACCAGAUAUAGAGCAUCACCCUGACUACAGUAUUCUACUUAACAGCAUUGGGCUGACCUUAGAGAGAGCUGAAAAUAAAAUACAAGAAGCUUUAGUCUGGUAUCAAAAGUCAGUUAUAGCAAGAAAACCACUGCGAGCUAUCUCCCCUGAAAUUUUAACCAUACCUAUGGUCAAUAUUGGAAUGGCUUUCUUUCAAACUGGACAAUUCGAUAAAUGUGAAAAGUGUCUACAACAAGUGAUUGCCAUUAGGCGUCAAACAGAGUGGCAACAUUUCUACACAGCCUUGACCUUGUUUAAUUUAGGAAUAAUGAAAUGGACCACGGGAAGAGCUUCAGAAGCUUUUAAUGACGUUAAAGAAGCUUUAAACAUUCUUCAAAAGAAAAGUACAACACACCACUUCACGCUAGCGGUUCGUCUAGCUUUGUCCCACAUACAGCUUACCAGAGAUGUAAAGGGCAAUCAAGGGGAGGAUACCGUGGUGGAUCAUUUACAGAAGAUGGCCCAGUUUCACCAAAAUUUUCCAAGCCACAACUCGAACGAGGAGCAGCAUUGCAUGCUGUCUUUCCAUGAGCACCAGCUAAUCAUUCACUGGAAGAAUUCAAAGGAAACGUUCGAUUUCCACAAGAGAUGUUUGUCCAAGAUGUUUCAGGACAUGUCUCGAAUGCCUUCAAAAUUUCCUGCUUGCAUGCAUCUUGCAGAAAGGGAAACAAUUCUGGACUACGUCCAGACGACAGGCUACGACAGCCUGGACUAUAAUUAUUUGAUGAGACAUAUGCGAAAUGUGUGUCGAUUCUGUCAAAUAAUUGCCUCAGUCUACAAUUUAAAUGCAUGGUCUCUUGUCUUUGAUGAGCUUCUAGGAAAGAAAACAAUUUUAUCUGCCUCCCAAUGCAGUGUUAAUCAAAGUUGUAAGGCUCGAAUAAAUCAUUUCCAAGCUGCAAUAACUAAAAGCUAUGAAUCAGAAACACAACGCAAAUGUGUUGAAUACCCGAACCCCUCGUUUAAAAGUUCUUCCCUGCUUAGGAAAUUAAGUCAUCAGUUAAGUCAAACGAUCGAGAGAGACAAUUCCAAUACGCUUGUAAAACGUUCAGGUUACGGAGAGACACUUUUUGAGCGCAGGACAGACAUGAAUGUCACGACUUGCAGAGAGAAUUAUAAUAUACAGCAUGAAGCUACACAAGGAGAUUGGUGUGCACAUUCUAACAGGAAAACAAUCACUAGAAACAUCUCCUUGUUACACAAGACUCCAAUCAUGCAAGCAAGUCACACUGUCGCGACUUCAAGUCAGAACACUGUGGGAUCUGAUAACACUUCUUGUAGCGACAAUAAUGUGUACAGACUUAAUAGAAAGUCUUUUAGAGACAUCAGUGGGCACAGAAUUGAUAGCUCGACAUGUACAGGCAAUGACCACAGACUACGACACAAUGGGCCAGAAGACUUGGACAAUGUAAACAAUGAGCCUCCAAUCAUCAAAGAAACCUCCAUCGUAGCAAGGGCGCAACCUGUCACAACUUAUUUACGUGUUGCUGAGGUCAGUGGCGAGGAGGGUUCUCAUAAAUCUGCUGAGAACUCGAGUCUGUCCUCGUCAGUAGUGGUUGAGCUUCACAGUUGUAGAGAAGUUGACCCAGAUUAUACAGAUCUGCCUGAACUGGUCAGUUUAAACAGCUCAAUAGUGCGUGAUUUCUACGUUGACCUUUAACCCUAAUCUAACAUUUUGUCAGCAACUCUGAUAGAUGUAAAGCUUUUGGUAAUGUAAGUCUAUACUAACCAUUGCUAACUUUAUGAGCUACUUAUAGAAACUAGUACCAGAUGACCGAGCCUCGCUCGUUUGAAUAAUUUCUUGAGGAAAUAUAUUUACUUACUUUGGAUCGGGUAAAGACUUUCAAUUCGAAAAGUAGCUUUCGUGUUCUUUUAGUUCUAAAUGUACAUGGCCAUUAGAAAAGUCUCUUUAGACCCCAUACAGAACACGCCGGUAUGGACAGUAUAGAGGGACUUUUUAUGGUCCGACACUUACCCUGUAGAAAGCACUAUCCCGUAUCAUCGGCCGUAUGGGGGGACGAGUGUUUGUAAAAGGCAGUCUUUUUUUGUGAGCUGAAAGUUGGUAGACGUAACAGAGAUGUCCCACAGAAACGCUUUAAAGACCAGCUUAGGCAUCAACUUGCUUUAACUGACAUGGAAGAGAGUAUCUGACUGCAGGCGGCUCCAGAACAAGAUAGCUGGACAUUUUUUUUAUAAAGGGCGCGGAAUACACAAAUGAAAAUCGAUUGCCAAGGACAGACAUAGACGGCGAGAAGAGAAAUCUAAAUCGACCAUCGGCAUAUAAUGGUUAUGUUUGCGUUGGAUGUGGCAAACUAUGUGGGUCGCAGCUGGUGCUACGUAGCCGCGUAAAAAAAUUCACUCCUCCUUAAUCAUCGGACUCGAAGACAGGAUUUGUAUAAAGACAAUAAGGAAACCUGCUUCCAGAGACCCCCUCCCCCCCACCAUAGAGAUAGGACCGUAGCGCUCUGUUAAUGCUAUAGGCAUGAAAGUUGCACUAUACAAAAAAAAGUGAUUCAAUUAUUACAAUGCAAUUCAUAAGUAUUCAUAACUUUUUAUUUUGUAUUUUAAUAAUGCACAGACUCUUAUGUGUAAUUUCUAGAUUAAUUUAUUGCGAGAGUAUGGAAAAAAAAUAAAAAAUUUGCAGAUGUAUGUUUGGUCAUUGUGUUUUGCGAGUUUAAUUAAUUGUUUACACUUUAAUUGCGGUUAGCCGUGUGGGUGACUUUUACUUUGUUGACUAAGCUAAUAGAGCCUACAAAAGGAUGGUGCGCCAAUGUUUGGUGGGUCUAUUUAACUAAUAAACUAAUACAAAAACAAAAUUUAAUAAAAUACUCUGAAAGACACAAAGAUAAAGGCACAUUCCUCGUCCCAUAUGCUAGGACAAAUUUGUACUCCUUCUUCCCUAGUGCUAUUAGAGCAUGGAAUGGGUUGCCUGAGCUAGCCAGGAAAACCAGUGACUUGGCAGAAUUUAAGUCAUUGGUUAAUAUGCAUGACUAAAUGCAUGACGCGUAGGACGUAAUCAUCUUCCUUUUUGAAGUAACGUCUGUAUUAUAUAAGAUAAGAUAAGAUUAAAAGUUGUUCAUGUUACAAAGAAAUAUUUUAAUUUACUGCUGUAAACUUAAUGACUUAAGCGGAGUUUUUUUCCCUUUGACAUCAGGGAAAAUUUUUCAUUCAUAAAACAGAUCUAGCCAAAAUUAAUUAAACAUUUUGAAACCGAUAUAGCGGUCGUCCCCGAGUUUUCCCCAUGUGGCCAAUAAGUUUAAAAAAUUUUUCUCAUUUAUAUACAUAUAUCUUGAAAUUUUAAAGAUAGAGCCGUUUUCGAAAUGAAAUUUAAAUAUAAAUAUAUAUACAUACAUACAAGAAUUGUUCGCUUAAGAGUAUAGGAUUUUUAAAAAUUGGAAUAUGUGCAGACACAAACAUAAUAUAAAGGUAAAUAUAGUUGUCACGUGAUAAAACAAUGAAUGCCACCUCAACCUGAUUUACAUACAGACGAGAAUGUCUCUCAAGAUUAGGGCUCUACGCUCACAAGCAAAAGUUAUCCACUGGAUGAACCAGAGUCGUUACGACUGAAGGAAGCCAAUUCACUUUUAAAUCAACGAAUGAUGCAGAUCAGUUGCUCGGCUUCCGAACUUGGGGUUUCCGGGUUCGAAUCUUGGUGAAAACUGGAAUUUUUUAUUUCGGGAUCUUUGAGCUUCUGAGUCCAGCUCUAAUGGGUGUCAAGGAAGGAGACCAUUACAUACUAACAAAAAUCAGGCUUCAAGUAAAUGAAGUGUAUUUUUUUAAGUGCAACACACAUCAAGAAAAUGUACACAAUGACGCGCAAAGUUGACAAUUAAUUGAAAAUCUAAAAAUGUUGGAGACAAAUAUGAAAACAUUUUUUAAUAUAUAAAUAAUAAUAUAUGUCUUGAAUAGUGUACACUUAAACAGAAAUGUAUUUAGAUUUGAAAAUGUUAAAAAAUAAAAUAUUUCUUCUUGAUUG